AUGGAGAGGAAGGAACAAUUAAUCUUUACCUUCUACUGUCCCAAGGUUCCCAAAGUCAAGGGGGACCGGAAAUACCAAAGGCCUACCCUCCCCACCAACCAACAUCCGAGUGCCUCGAUGCCACCCCAGAGGCUGCAGCAGCAAGUGGAUCAGACACACACCUACAUCCGAAUGUUCUGUGGCAGCCUCUGUGGUUUUAGCCUCCUAAUGCUGAUCUACGUGUCCCCACUGAACUGGGUGCAGUUCCUGGUGAUCAACAAUGGCCUUGAGCUCUACGCAGGACUCUGGAUCUCAUGCAACCAUGAGCUGUGCUGGAGCCACACACCCAAGCCACCCUAUUACCUCCAAUAUUCCAGGGCCUUCUUCCUCAUCUCUGUCCUCACCAUACUUGUGGCUCUUGGCUGGCUCUUCAGAUCUUGCCUCCCUAGAAGAGGAAGAAUGACUCCUAACUUGGAUCUGAAGGUAUCCAUGCUCAGCUUCAUCUCAGCCUCCUGCUUGCUCCUCUGCCUCAUCCUAUUUCUGGCACAGAUUCACUGGCAUUCUAGAGAUGCCAUGGAGUCAGCUCUCCUAUGGACCUAUCAUAUUAAUUGGGGGAGUGACUUCUUAUACAUGUUUGCUGGGAUUAUCUCCUUCCUCAACCACAUAACUUCCAGAUCUCCUCCCCUUGAUCAAAAUGUCACUGCAGUUCCCAUAGACAAGUCAAGGCUGGGGAUUGGUCCAGUGACUGGAGUAUCGUCUGCUGAAGAUGCUGGGUCAGGGUUUCAGACAGAAUCUACAAGUGAGAAAGAGAAAAAACUAUCAAGUACAGAACUGUGAUGGUGAUAGGAUAACCCAACUACUUCCUGUCUUAAAACAGGGGAGAAGCUAACUGAGCAGGGAAUGAUUGUACAGAUUCGAAGAAACUCUCCUAAUAUCAUGGCCAUAUUGCUGAAGGAGAGAACAUUAAAGCUGAUGAAAU